UCUACCUCCCCUGCGGCGUCUUCCACGCUCCUCGCGAGCGCGAGCCCGCGGCAGUCGGUGUACGAUCCCGCGAGUGUGCGCCCGUCGUCGAUCUUCCGACCGCAGUCGCCGACGCUCGGUGCGCUACCCGAGCCUGGGUUCGCGCAGGCACAGGGGGCUGGUGGACCGGGUCCGAGUGGAGACACACAUCCUCUCGCUGCUUCGACCGGGGUAUCGGCAUGGCCAGGGUUCGCUGCACUUUUCGGACCGCAGGCUAUGCCAAGUCCAGCGCUCACUGAGGGCUCGAGUGUACACGCCCCCGACGGCCUGCUCGACCCGAGAAUAGGUUUGGGAGCACGCCCAGGCAUGCAGAGUCAAGGUGCAUUGAGUUUCAGGGAUGAUAUGGAUUACUCCAGACCGAUCGGAGGGCUGGUGAACAACAGGCAGUACAGCCGGACGACGAUUCAGACGAUGUCGACG